AUGUCUGCCUUCAUUUUUUGUCCCACCAGCGAUGUGGGAUGCCAAACUUGUAACCUUAAUUUUUUUUCACAACUCCAUCGAUGUGGGAUGCCAACGGUGAAGCAUGGGAAUCUGAUUGCUUUCAUACGAAUUGAAAUCGCUCGAAACAUGAAAUCGUCGACUGCUUUCUUCUCCAAGCUGUGGACUCAUCUUCUCCGACGACACAACAAUUUUGAUUCACCUUCAAUUCAAAGUCGGAAAUUGGGACAUCUGAGGUUCCAAUUGAAGGUUAGUGUCCAAUUUCAGGUCUUUGAAAUGAAUCAACCAAAGAAGCCAAGAGAAAAAACAAGAAAGAAAGCUUCUAAAACUGUUCUUGUUCCCUCAACAUUCAUAAUGCAGUAG